UAUGCCAGGCGUCUAGGGUAUCGCGGGGAGAGGAAGGGGAAGAAGCGCGGGCGCCAUGGGCGAGCAGUCGACAAGCCCCCGCGCCAUCCGAUGGCGCAAGGGCGAGCUCAUCGGCGUCGGCGCCUACGGCCGCGUCUACAUGGGGAUGAACCUCGACUCCGGCGAGCUCAUCGCGGUCAAGCAGGUCUUGAUCGCGGCCAGCAACUUCGCCAAGGGCAAGGCCCAGCUCAGUGCUCACAUCCGGGAGCUGGAAGAGGAGGUGAAGCUGCUCCAAAACUUGUCACACCCCAACAUAGUUAGGUACUUAGGAACCGCCAGGGAGGAGGAGGCGCUCAACAUCUUUCUUGAAUUUGUUCCCGGUGGAUCUAUUUCGUCGCUUCUUGGGAAGUUUGGUUCCUUCACAGAACCCGUGAUUCGUAUGUAUACUAGGCAGUUGCUCUUGGGGCUUGAAUACCUUCAUCAGAAUAAAAUAAUGCACCGAGAUAUCAAGGGAGCAAAUAUAUUGGUAGACAACCAGGGCCACAUAAAGGUAGCAGAUUUUGGAGCAUCGAAAAAAGUUCUUGAGCUGGCAACCAUUUCGGAAGCAAAGUCCAUGAAAGGGACCCCGUACUGGAUGGCCCCCGAAGUUGUCAGGCAGACUGGUCACAAUUGGCAAGCAGACAUAUGGAGUGUGGGUUGCACUGUCAUUGAGAUGGCAACAGGCAAGCCGCCGUGGAGUGAUCAGUUUCAAGAGGUGGCUGCCUUGUUCCACAUCGGUACAACCAAGUCGCAUCCUCCUAUUCCAGAACAUCUAUCCCCUGAUGCAAAAAGUUUUCUUUUAAAAUGUCUUCAAAGGGAGCCACGACUGAGACCAACAGCUGCAGAGCUUCUUAAGCACCCUUUUGUUUCAGAAACGUACGACAGUAAUGCCAUGGCGCCCAAAUUUAUACCAACGGUUGAUGAUUGUCAGUUAAGAAAAUCAUUCGUAGAUGAUCUCAAUUGUUCAGUGAGGCUAGACUCUCCCUGUGCGAGCUUAUCAAACGACGAGAUAUGUCCAAGCUUCAACCCGGUGUCGGAGCCUUCAUACGUGGAAGGCGCCUGUUGGACACUUGGUCGCAGCAAUUCUGCGGAUCCAGUCGGUCCUUCGAGCCAUACUGACGACGAUGACGUUACAGAGUCAAAAAUCAAAGCUUUUUUGGAGGCGAAGGCAUCGGAACUGGCAAAGUUGCAAACUCCACUCUACGAAGAAUACAGCCUCUACAAAGGUAGCAGUGAGGAGCCAAACUCGAGUUUCGUUGCACCGUUGAGUCCCGCAAGGCUGAGGCCACCUACAGCUAGUAGGUCCCCAAGCAAAGGGAGCAGUUUCAGUGAGAGGUCUACGUACGUGAGAAACAGUUGUGAAAGUGAUGCAAGUGUCAGCUCAGACAGUGCUGCUCCCGCACCUGGUCCCGCGGCGAAUUUCAAUCCACUGCUCGAGGUCAGACUAAACGGACAGGAUUUUCCACCAUCCAUUCGCAACUCCAGUAGCUUCUGCGACAGGCAAAGGCAGUGGAAGGAGGAGCUCCAGCAAGAGCUCGAAAUGAAGAGGGAAGAGAAGCGCAAGCUUGCGCGGCAUGCAAGUGGAGCAACAUCUCCGUUGUUUCAGCGGCAAAGCAGUCGGCUGGGCUUCUCUCCCGUCAGAUAAGACUGUGAAUUUCCUAUUCCUGUAACUUUUUUACUCCAAUAAAUUGCCUAUGUA